GCUGGGGCUCCCUGUCCAGCCUGAUAAGCUGCCAUCUGGAUGUCCCCCAGCCCCGACCUGUCGAUCCAAGUGUCUAUCCAUCACUCUGCAUGGCCCUCCGUCUUGGGAAAUUCUUUGUGUCCAUCAGGUUUUUUCCUUGGACGUUCCCCGCAGGUGAUUUGCGUUGAAACCAUCGAACUGCUUGUCCUUUGCAUCUGGCAUUCCAUUGCCAGGUCGUUCUCAUCCUCUCGACUUUGACUUGACUGGGACAAGAUAUCUUUCACAAACCCCGCAUACAUGCUGAGGGCACAACCUCGUCCGCUCCUUUGACAAUCAUGUCCAUCUACUCCGAGGCCCCCGAGGCGCGGCCCUUCAGCAAGGAUAAGCCCACUGCCCUCGUGAGCAUCUGGAUUAGCCUCUUCUGCAUCGCAAUCAUCGUCCUCCGCCUGAGCGGUCGCUACGUCCGAGUCGAAAAGCUGCUCCGGGAGGACAAGAUCGUCGCUUGUGCACUCAUUCCUCUGAUUUUGCGGGCUGUCUGUGUGCACUUUGUUCUCCUCUAUGGAACGAACAAUGUCAACCUCGAUGGCCUCGACCUGACACAGAGUGAGAUCGACAAGAGGGUCAUUGGCAGCCGUCUUGUCAUGGCUACUCGUGUCUUCUACGCCGCAGUACUAUGGAUCAUCAAGUACACCACCCUCGAAUUCUUCAGUCGUCUCGCCGGCGCAACUAGAAAGAAGCUCCACGCGAUGAUCAUUCUCGUCAUGCGCUGGACUCUCGGCCUCACGUUCCUCGCCGUCGUCAUCAGCGACCUGACGGAAUGCCAACCCUUUUCACACUACUGGCAGGUCACUCCUGACCCGGGACCCAAGUGUCGGCAGGGCCUUGCGCAGAUGCUCACCAUGGGAGUGUGCAGCGUGGCUACGGACCUGGUGCUCAUCGCCUUCCCCAUCCCCAUUAUCCUCUCCAGCCAGAUCGCCACCAAGCGCAAGGUGCUUCUCGUCAUGCUCUUCUGCUUGGUGUUUAUUACCGUCGGCAUCACCCUCUACCGCAUGCCGUUUUUGAUCAAGCACCAUGGUAGCCAGGUGGACCGGACCAUGUGGGCCUCGGUCGAGAUUCUGGCGGCAACCGCUGUAGGCAACACCGUCGCCCUGGGAUCAUUCCUGCGCGAUAGCGGUGUCAAGCGCAAGAAGUUCAAGGGAUCCAACAGCUACUCGGGCUACUCAGGCUCACGGUCGCAGUCAAUGCCGACCAAGCUCACGCGGACGGCCGUCAGCCAGUGGGACGAGGAGCUCGAGGACGGGCCGCCAGUCAAGACGACGGAGGGCAUCUGGGCCAGCAGCGGGGCGUCCCACACGACGACGGAAUCCAUCUCCAAGGCGGACGACAUCCGCAAGGACUCAUCCGAAAACCGCCCUGUCAGCCCCACGCAGAGCCAUGAUUCGCUCAUCACCCGGGAUCAGCUGCAGUCGGUGGAUAUCCCCCGGACAGACUUCCCUCUCCGACCGGGGGCGGCUGUCGUGGCUGGUGAUUCGAGACAGGUGCAGCGCGCCAAUACUUCGAGUCGCAGCGGCAGAAGCUGAAAUGGGAAUCAAGGCGUUGGCGAUAUGGAUAUGGAUGGAUAUGGAUAUGGCGAUAUGAGAUAUUGGGGCGAUUCAGGAUGCCCAACGUAUAUUUUUCAAUGUUUAAUCUUGGGUCACACGACGUCAAUGGUUAGGUCAGGCUAGAAGGAACUUCUCUACAACGUAGACUACUCUAUCAACAGACGAUUUCUUUGUGUUUGUC